GGAGGCCCUCAGCCAGAAGUGGAUUGAUAAAAGGGCUGUAAACACCCCUGGAAAUCAAUACAUAGAGAUGUUACACCACUGAUAUCAACGAAAAUUAUAAUUAAACAUCAGGAAAUACAUUUUACUUUGGAAAAUGCUCGACGUUGGAACCCAUAAUUUAGUCUGACUUUGUUUAAAGGGAGGGUAUGACACAUUCAAAGGUGGCAUGACCUUUAGGCAAAUUAUAUUUCUCAUCCAAGUGUAUUAUGCCCAUUAGUGUGUUUAUGUUCGUGCGUGUCUAUGUGUGCAGUGGAGAAAUAUGCAACAACACCAUCGGAGGAUCCCUGGUCAUGUGUCCCCAGUGUGACCAAAAAUGCACCUUUUGGAGGCUAAAUGAUACCUGCGAGACUGCGAAGACUUCACACAUGUAUGAAAAUCCGGUCACCAUAUUCUUCGCAGUUUUCAUGGGACUUUGGGCCACGGUGUUCCUGGAAUUUUGGAAGCGUCGCCAGGCAUCGCUCGCAUACCGCUGGGACCUGACGGCAGCGGCGGAGGAAGGAGACCCCAUCCGGCCCGAGUACCUGGCUCGCUGCACGACCACGAAAUGUAACAUCAUCACCAUGGAGGAGGAGCCUCAUAUGCCUAAGAGGAUACUGAGGUUCCGUUACUGCCUCUCUGGGAUCAUGGUGUUGUUCUGGAUCCUCCUGAUUCUUGCUGCAAUUUUGGGUGUGGUUGUUUACCGCCUGUCCAUCUUUGGCAUACUCUCCUCGAGUAUCCCCAAUCAUGUGACCAAGAUCAAGGUGAUCGGUGCCCUACUCACACCUGAUAUGGUUACCACCAUCACGGCCUCCAUCCUCAACAUCGUAAUCAUAUUACUACUCAACAAAGGUUACGACAAGCUGGCCCUCGUCCUCACUGAUCUGGAGAUGCCCAAGACGCAAGGAGAAUAUGAGUAUCGGCUGACGUUCAAGAAAUUCUUAUUUCAGUUCGUCAACUUCUACUCGGCGUCUUUCUACAUUGCAUUUUUCAAAGGGAAAUUCAUCGGCUUCCCCGGAAGCUACACUUACUUUGGAAAAUGGAGAAUCGAGGAGUGUCCCCCAAACGGCUGUCUCUUUGAACUGACUUCUCAACUCACUGUCAUCAUGGUAGUGAAGCAGAUGGUUGGCAAUUUUCAGGAGGUCAUCAUCCCAUGGUUCAGCAAUUGGUGGGCCCAGCGUCGGGCCAAGCUAAGGCCUGAGGCUGUCUACACGCGCUGGGAGCAAGACAUGGACCUACAGCCCCAGAGCCCACUUGGACUCUUUGAUGAAUACCUCGAGAUGGUUAUCCAAUUCGGGUUUGUCACUCUCUUCGUGGCAUCAUUUCCACUUGCGCCAUUGCUCGCACUGCUCAACAACAUCAUCGAAGUGCGGGUCGACGCGUGGAAGCUCGUAACAAAGAUGAGGAGGCCUGUGGUUUCGCGAGCAAGAGGAAUUGGAGCCUGGGCCGACAUUCUGAGUAUCGUUGCCACCCUCUCUGUAAUCACCAAUGUAAGUCGCCAGAUUGUCCGCUCGCUUUCUCGCUCAAUAUCCCAUCUUAUGAGUGACAUAACAUGUCAUGUUAGCCGUGUGGGUUCUUUUUACCAUACUUCACCAUUCUGGUCCUGGCAGGUUUGAGAAGAGGUGUAGUGGGGGACCAGGAGCGGUUCGGGUAUCAC